AUGGAGCUGCACGAGGCCGCCCCUCCCCCACCGGAGGUCAAGCACCUUCUGGAGACGCCUUUCGGGGUGGUCCACGCGUGGAUUUCGGGGUCCCCCCGGCCCGGCCGCCCUGCCCUGGUGACUUUCCCGGAUGUGGGGCACACGCACCUGACGUGUUUUUCGGAGCUUUUCGGGCACGAGGAGAUGCUGGAGAUCACCCGGAGCUUCCACCUGGUGCACCUGGAGCCACCCGGGAUGGAGGAGGGGGCACCGCCCUACCCCCCCGGGUACCAGUACCCCUCCCUGGAACAAUUGGCCGAGGCUCUCCCGGGGGUCCUGCAGGGCCUGGGCAUCCGCAGCAUCGUCGGGGUGGGGGUGGGGGCCGGGGCCUUCGUGCUGGCCAAGUUUGGGCUGCUGCACCCCGAGGCUGUGGAGGGGCUGGUGCUGCUCAACCUCGACCCCCGUGCCAAGGGCUGGAUGGACUGGGCCGCCAGCAAGCUCUCAGGGCUGAGGAUGUCAACGAAUGAGAUGAUCCUGAGUCACCUGUUCACCCAGGAUGAGCUGGCCGCUGCCCCUCCCCCCGUCCGGAGGCUCCGGGAGCACCUGGCAGCCACGCCCAACCCUGCCCUGUUCUGGGCUAUGUACACCAGCCGCGGUGACCUGGGCCUGGAGCGGAGCGGGGCUGGGAGCCUGCGCUGCCCGGUCCUGCUGGUGGUCGGUGACAACACCCCCCAUGAGGACGCCGUGGUGGAGAGCAACGCCAAACUGGACCCAACGCAAACGUCCUUCCUGAAGAUGGCUGACGGUGGCGGGCAGCCACAGAUCGCCCAGCCCGGCCGGCUGACCGAGGCCAUCAAGUACUUCCUGCAGGGCAUGGGCUACAUGGCCGCCUCCGCCAUGACGCGCCUGUCCCGCUCCCGUACCGGCUCCGUCACUGUGGGCGAGGGGGAGCGUGGCCGCAGCCGGACCCUGAGCCGGGGUAGCACUGGGGGAGGGGCCGCUCCUCCCCCUGCCAGCCCCUGA